CUACUAAAAAAGAAAGAAAGAAAAACCCAAAUGCUAGAUAACGGCGGCAGCACUGCACUGCACUGCAGCAGCGGGCGAAUUCCUCCGGCGGCUGAGGCGAACGCGGAUGCCCUUGAUCUCUCUUCCUUCCUUUGAUUCUUUCCGGAUCCGUUUACCUCGUAUCUGCCCUCUGUGGUUCGGAAGGCAUUCAUGCUCAAUGUCAGCUGGGAUUUCAGCUAGCUGGAUCAACACUAGUUUAGAUGGUCGAAGAGGACCUGAUUAUUCACUUUUCAGAUGCAGGAGGACCUACUUCACAUCCAUGCAAUCUUAUUGGUUGCACACGACAAAUGAAUUAUCUGUUUCAAGAGUCCAGGUUGCUGCAGAUUUCUCGGACUCGGUACCUGAUUCAUCUGAGCAUAACAGAAAUUAUGGUUACCACCCACUUGAAGAAUUGAAAGAACGUAAGAAGAACAAAAACAAGAACAUGAAGCUUUCAGAUGCCGAAAUAGCUAGGACAGUAGUUGAGGCUAAUAACAAGGCUUUGCUAAUAUUUCCUGGAGGGGUACAUAAUGAACCGCAUCGCCAUGUUUCAUGGGCAGAAUUUCAUUAUGUCAUUGAUGACUAUGGAGAUAUAUUUUUUGAGUUAUUUGAUGAUGAAAAUAUUUUGCAAGAUCGCAGUGCAAGCAGCCCAGUGAUAGUUCUGAUAGGCUAUGAUUCCCUUAUAUAUGGAGCAAACAAUGCACUUUUUGACACCUUUGAAAUGGAUGAAGAAGAUGGUAUUGAGUUGCCCGAGUUCAAGGAGGUUGACGAUACAGAAAUAACUGAUACUCUUAUAAGUUGGGGCAUGCCAGAUACUUUGCGUUACACACAUCCUCUAUUUUUUGCGAAAUGUAUAACCAAGGUUGUCCAGACAAAAUUUGAGAAGGUGGACUUUCCAUCAAAUGGGCUUCAACUUCUUGGCUGUCUAAGACCUGCUUUUAUAGAUGAAGAAUCUUAUUUGAGGAGGUUGUUUUACCAUGAUGAGGACAACUAUAUUUCAGAUUGGAGAGAUGUGGGUUUGCUGAAUUUUAACUCAAAACAUGUCGGCAGAACAAUAAGCUCAACAUUUUACAAGCUGGAGAUCAUGACAAUGGAUUUAAGUUCUGUAUAUGGUGAUCAGUCAACAAUUAAUCUGCAAGAUUUUCAAGAUGCAGAACCUGAUCUGCUUGCAAAUUCUGCAUCAGCAAUUAUGGAACGCAUUAGCGAAUAUGGAGCACAGAGCAGUGUUGCUCUGAAAGCUCUCUGUCGCAGGAGGAAAGGGCUUAAUGUUGAGGUAGCAAAUCUCAUCGGCAUAGAUAGUCUUGGCAUAGAUGUAAGAGUAUACUGUGGGAUGGAAGCUCACACUCUUCGUUUUCCAUUUAGUGCUAGAGUGAUUUCUGAAAGUGGAGCAGAAAAGAAGAUAAAAAAAAUGCUUUUCCCACAGUAUCACAGGAAAAACCUAAGAACUGCGACAGAUGAGUUCCCAGACUUGUAAAAUUGUCUUCUCUUUUCAUGAUCAGUGGUUUCAUCUUGAACAAAUUAAAUCUUUUUUUUAUGAGAAAUAAUUUCAGAAAUAUUAAGUUUGCAUCCAAGAGCAGCCAUUGCUUGGCCAUCCUUUGCAAUAAGGAGCAGUGUUUCAUGUGUUGCUUUGAAGCUGAAUUUCGAAAUGAAAGCAUAUGAAGAGAAUUGAUGAGUGUAGAACAAGAAUGUGGCUACUGAAAUUGUCAAAUCAGUUACCAAUUUAGCAUUUGCAGGAGUCUGUAAUCCUAACUGGGUAGGACUCCCGGCUUGUUCUUAUAUAUGGAACAGAUGCUCUGUUCUUAUAUAUGGCUACUGAGUGAGGUAGCAACUUUCAUCAUGUCGUCUGUGUCUAAGCCUUUUGUUUUAAUUUAUUUUUUCCCCAAUAAUUUGAUGAGCUCAAAGAGUUCACAUGGAAAUUAACUGCAGCUCAUUGAGAAGAUUGACUGAUUGAGAACUAGCUCAAACUCAUUUGGUUGAUAAUGCUGUAAUGGAAUGGAUUGUCUCA